AACACGCUUAAAAAACACACACAAACAUAAUUUUAGUUUAUUUUUAACUUUUCUCGCUUUUCAGUUUCUCAAUUUCUCCCUCGUUUCUUUCCUUUGUAAGCAAACAGUGUUAGGUCUUCUCUGUCUCUGAGGUCGACGCUGCUUCAACGUCUUUGCUUCAUUCGAUUCCAAUUCCAUGACGACACCAUCUUCCUCAGCUUCGGAAUCGCAAUACACUUAUUCCAACCCCUCUUACUUCCCAGUGCCCUUUCAUCUACAGCAACCUGCAACCACUCAUUACGCUGCACCCUAUGUUGCCACUCCGUCCGUGCAACCUCCCAUCGUUGGUCCCGCUGCGCCUGUGGCGGGUGUAUACUCCACCGUGCCACAGUAUCAGGCACAACAGUUAUUUGAGAGGGAUGCACAGAUAAUAACGCCGGAGGCUCUUGAGAAUGUUAAGGCAGCGAUUGCGAGUAGUGAUGUAGAGCACAAAGCAGAUAGCAAAAGGAAAGCGGUUCCUCGCAAGGUUGCUGGCCAAUCAUGGGAGGAUCCUAUCCUUGCAGAGUGGCCAGAAGAUGAUUAUCGGCUCUUUUGUGGCGAUCUCGGUAAUGAAGUGAAUGAUGAUGUUCUUUCAAAAGCAUUUUCACGGUUCCCUUCUUUUAACUUGGCACGAGUUGUCAGAGAUAAGCGGACUGGUAAAACAAAAGGUUAUGGAUUUGUGAGCUUUGCGAAUCCUGCUGACCUUGCUGCUGCACUUAAAGAAAUGAAUGGUAAGUAUGUUGGAAAUCGGCCCAUAAAACUUCGCAAGAGUAAGUGGAAGGAGAGGACGGAUUAUGAAGCACUGGAAAAACAGAAGAACCACAUUCAAAAGAAACAGAAGCUGUCAAGGAAAGGUGUGCUGCACAAGUGACAAAAGCCAUAAUCUGUAUAAAUCAGAUUACCAACUUAUUAAGUAGAACACUGUUUUCAAAAUGCUGUCUUGUUCAAAAGAAGGCUUGUCCUUCAGAUAUUUCUUUCCAUGGAACUGUUUGCAGAGGAGAGUUGUGAGGCAUCUCGAUAUACCAAACAUGUAAUCUAUUUGCAAAAUACUAUGCUUUUUAAUAUAGGAGCAAAUUCAAUGUCUCA